AUGCAGUUCUAUCCGGUGGUUGGCUCUACAGAGCUCAGAGAGUUCUGGCAUGGAUCACUCUGGGCAUACAAAUCCUCGGACGCCUGCAUGACACCAAUGCUUCAGCAUGAGUCUCGCCCGUGGUUCGUUGACGAGCUUGUGAUGUGCGAGGAUGGCAACUUCUUCCUACCGAAGCGAUGGGUCCAGAUCGGGAGCGUGAAUGGGGAGAUGGGCGCCUUCGGCCACAAUAUCCGAUUGGAACUGAUCGGCCCCUUCUCCCCGAUCGGCGAAUCAUACAUCGUCCCCAGCGUCUUGCACCCGGACCUAGCGGUUAGGAAGUUCCGCUUAGCCAAGACCUUCACCUAUAACUGGUACGAGCUCAAAGAUUACAUCGCGACUGGAGUCUUGAGCUUUGAAGAGCAAUACUCCGAGCUAGCUUGCAGGAUGCCGAACCCGUGGAGGCAGAAGGCAAAUGGAAGACAUGUGUAUUCUCUUCCCCUCAUGAUAUGGGAAGACGACGUCUCCGGAAAUCGAUCCAAGCAGUGGUACAAGCACUACAACGUGUGCGCCUCCAACCUUGCAAUGCCCCGUCAGGACAUGGAAGUCUCGAGCAAUAUCCUCUUCCUGGGCACGUCGCCUCACGCGACAGCUCUAGAGCUGAUGGAAGGCCUUGUGAUCAUGUUGGAGGAGCUCAAUCUUGAUGGCCGCGAGGCGUUUGAUGCAGUGGUCGAGGCACCAGUGCUAUUCACCGCGUGGAUCGCUGUUCUCGCAGGCGACAACCCUAUGCAAUCAGACCUUUGUAGCCAUCGUGGCCUGCGUGCAAACCAUUUCUGCCGACAAUGCCACGCCGGAGGGAGCCAGGAGUUCAAGCGAACGCCCGAGGGAUAUGCAUCCCUCUUCAAGACGCUGGCUCAAUGCAUGCCAUUUAUUCUGUGGGACUUGGUGUCUGCGGAUGUGCUGGAAGCAUGGGUUGUCAUAGGGCUAGCGGGUGCGCUUCUGUGGCAGUAUGAUAUCGAGGUGAAGGAGACCUACCUGGACGAACUCCGACUGGCCGUAACCACACUGGUGCACGCAAUGGCCCGCCUCAAUCCUAUCAAGAUGAUAUCCAAGCCCAAGAUGCAUAUACUGCUGCACAUUGUGGACAACGUUCGGAGAUUUGGGCCCGCUGUAGGCUUCGCUACCGAGCGAUAUGAAUCCUACAACUCUGUAUUCAGGACACGGUCGGUCAACAGCAAUCAUCAAGCCCCAAGCCGCGACAUUGCCACUAGCUUCGCCCAUCUUGACCGAGUCACGCACAUAAUCAACGGCAGACGAUGGCAGGACAAGCAGACCGGGGAGUACAGAGCUGCCUCACCCGCACUCCUAGCUGAGCUCACGGUGCUUCGGCCCUUGAUGAAAGCCAUAGGAUGCUUGGUUGAUGAAGCGCCUGAUGCACGCGGUUUCAUACAAUCCAGUCAGCCACAUUCGGUAAUCAGACUGCGUGACUCGGCUGCUCAUCAACAUCGACCUUCUCUUCGCGGCGGAGAUUCAAGGGUCAGCAGGGGUCAGAGCAUGAUUGCUCUGAAUGGCGACAAGGUACCAGUCGGUGCUUUCGUGAUCUUCUUCAGCUCUGUGCGCCGAGACAAAGGUCUCGCCAGAGUAACGGAAAUGCUAAUCCCUGACACCCAAGACCCAGCAGCAAGUGGUCUGCCUCGACCGGGGAUGAUCUUGCUCGAAAUCUUCGGUAUCGGCAGCCCACACGAGUCCUUGGGGUGCCCGCGAUUGGUGAGCACCGGCGAUUUCCAAGUGUGUAUACCUCAGACGAGUAAUAGAAGAUCUUGUGCUGCAUCAAUGUCCAGCACGACUGUACUCUGGGAGGGUGUGGAUCGGUGGACUUUCGACCACGACUGCAAGAACGAGAAGUGA